AUGGAUUCUGGUCAAGAUGUUGGUAGAGGCUUCAAAAGAGGUGGCUACAGAGAUGAUGGAUAUGAACAAAGUGGAGAACAAUGCCAAAAUGAAGAUUCAAAUAAGAGAAUUAAAAACAACUCAAUCUCAAGACCUCGGAAAUCUAUGUCUGGAGCUUGCUUAGUGAAUAGGUGGUGGGAUCCUAACAAAUCCUCAUCAAAAGAAUCUUGCUUCGGUGGAUCAUCUUCUUUAGACUUGGGUAUGAUUGAAUAUGAUGAUAUUGGAGACAUGAAAUACACAUGCCAAUAUUGUGGUGCCUUACAUUGGUUUGCCGAGAGAGUUGGAAAGACUAAAGAUAGUAAUCCUACCAAGUUUAUGAUGUGUUGCUUAAAGGGGAAGGUGCUCUUACCUUAUCUACAGAAGCCACCUACAUUAUUAUGGGACUUAAUAAUGGGUUAUGAUAUUCGAAGUCGUAAUUUUAUAGAAAAUAUUAGGUCCUAUAAUAGUGUAUUUGCUUUUACGUCUUUUGGAGGGAAAAUUGAGACAGGCUUAAAUGAUGGAGGUGGACCACCCCAAUUUGUCAUUAGUGGACAAAACUACCAUCGAAUUGGUAGUUUGUUACCAAAGGUUGGAGAAAGGCCAAAAUUUGCACAACUUUAUAUAUAUGAUACACAAAAUGAGAUUCAAAAUAGGAGUCGCCAUUUCAGAAGCACAGAUGGAAAUACAAAAUUAAAUCAGUCUUUAUUAGAACAUCUAAUGGCAAUGAUUGAUAAGUGUAAUGUAUUGGCUAAAUCUUUUCGAAUGGCUCGAGAUUUUAUUGGUCAAAAUUCAAGUUCAAAGAUUUCGUUGAGGUUGUUUCGUCACAGGCCAAAAGAUCCAAGAGUGUAUAAUUUACCAACUGUUGAUGAGGUUGCAGCGCUUAUAGUAGGGGAUUUUGAUUCCACUGAUUGCGGGCGUGAUAUUGUAAUAAGUGGUCUUGAUGGAAAUCUUCAACGAAUUCAUGAGACACAUACUUCUUUUUUGCCAUUACAAUAUCCAUUGAUGUUUCCUUAUGGAGAAGAUGGUUAUAAAGAAGAUAUAAAGUUUCGGGAGGAUGGAGAUAGGCGAGUUUUUAAGAAAAGAGUACGAGUUUCUAUGCGUGAAUUUCUAGCCUUUAGAAUACAAGAAAGAGUUCGUGAGGAAUCUAUUAUUCUUCGUUGUAGAAGGCUAUUUCAACAAUUCCUUGUGGAUUCGUAUUCUAUGGUUGAGGCACAAAGGUUAUCAUAUGUGAAAGCAAAUCAGAAGAUUAUUCGUAGAGAUUUCUUAGCUGGUAUAGAAGAAGCUGUUGAUAAGGGUGAUCUUGAUCCAUCAUGUAUUGGGACAAGAAUAGUGUUGCCAUCUUCGUUUACUGGUGGAAAAAGAUAUAUGUUCAACAAUUGUCAGGAUGCAAUGGCAAUAUGCAAAUUCUAUGGUUAUCCAGAUUUGUUUAUAACUGUCACUUGUAAUCCGAAGUGGCCUGAAAUUGAGAGAUUUGUAUCUGGAAAAGGUUUGAAUGCUAAUGAUAGACCAGAUAUAAUAUGUCGGGUUUUUCAUGCAAAAGUGAAGCAGUUAAUAGUAGACCUGAAGAAAGGGAAAUAUUUUGGGAAAGUUAGUGCUGGUAUGUACACCAUAGAAUUCCAAAAGAGAGGCUUACCUCAUGCACAUAUUUUGAUUUGGUUAGCUGCUGGGGCAAAACUAAAUACACCUGAAUUGAUUGAUUCUUUCAUUUGUGCUGAGUUACCUGAUCCUAUUGCAAACCCAAAGCUAUUUGAUGUUGUUUCAACAUAUAUGCUUCAUGGUCCAUGUGGGAGUAGUCGUAAAAAAUCUCUGUGUAUGGUGAAUGGUCGUUGCUCAAAAUUCUUUCCAAAAAAAUAUGUGGAGAAGACCUCAUUUGAUAUUGAUGGUUAUCCUGUAUAUCGAAGAAGGAAUACUGGAGUGCAUUUUGAGAGGCGGGGUGUUCAACUAGAUAAUGGCUAUGUUGUGCCUUAUAAUGCCAAAUUGUUAAUGAAGUAUCAAGCACACAUUAAUAUUGAGUAUUGCAACAAAUCCAAUUGCAUAAAAUACUUAUUUAAGUAUAUCAACAAGGGUGUUGAUCGUGUGACUGUUUCAAUGACCAAUGAAUCUGGGGAUGAACAAAAGAAGGUACACGUUGAUGAGAUUCAACAGUAUUAUGAUUGCCGUUAUUUAUCACCAUGUGAAUCUGCUUGGAGGUCAUUAAAUUUUCAUAUUCAUCAUCAUUGGCCUCCUGUACAAAGAUUGUCAUUUCAUUUGCCGAAACAACAAGUUGUUAUGUUUGGUUCUAAAGAACCUCUUGAUUUAGUUGUGAAACGUAACAAAAAACGAGAGACAAUGUUUACUGCUUGGAUGGUUGCUAAUAGGAAAUAUGCUGAAGGUAGACAUUUAACAUAUGCUCAAUAUCCACAAUAUUUUGUAUAUGAUCCUAAGUGUAAGGAGUGGCGACCAAGGAAAAGAGGGUUUUCAAUUGGUAGGAUGAACUUUAUACCAAUUGGGUGUGGUGAGGUCUAUUAUCUUCGGUUACUACUGAAUUUGCAAUGUGGAUGCACAAGUUAUAAUGAUUUAAGAAGUGUGGAUGGCAUUGUGUAUUUGUCUUUUCAAGAAGCUUGCAUAGCACUGCGAUUGCUAGAAAAUGACAAAGAGUUCAUUGAUGGUAUAAUCGAUUGUUCAGAAUUAUCAUCUGGGAAUUCAGCAAGGUAUCUUUUUAUUUCAUUGUUGUUGUCUAAUUCAAUUGUACAACCUGGUGCGGUGUUUGAGGAGACAUGGAAACUUUUAGCUGAUGGAAUUUUGUAUGCAAGGAGAAAAUUGCUAGGUGAACCAGAUUUGCAAAUGGAUGAUGGUAUGCUCAAAACUUUGUGCUUGGUAGAACUUGAGAAAAUGUUAAUGAGCAAUGGUAAAAGCUUAAAGGAUUUUCCAACAAUGCCGUAUCCACUUUCAAAUGAAGUCCCACAGUAUGAUAAUAUUUUAUUGUACAAUGAGUUAAGAUAUGAUAUUGGUGAUAUGGUUAAGAUGCAUAAUGACCAUGUAUCAAGUUUGAAUAAAGAACAAAAAAAGGUAUAUGAUGAAGUUGUUAAUGCCGUCAAUAAAUCACGUGGGGGAUUUUUCUUUGUUUAUGGAUCUGGUGGUACUGGAAAGACAUUUCUUUGGAAAAGUUUGACGUAUAAGUUUCGUGGAGAACGGAAAAUUGUUUUGAAUGUUGCUUCAAGUGGUAUAGCAUCGCUUUUACUUCCGGGGGGACGAACUGCACAUUCUUUAUUUGGUAUUCCUCUUGUGUUAAAUGAGGAUACAUGUUGUAAUAUUCGGCAAGGGAGUAAUAAGGCAGAACUUUUGAAACACACAAGUUUGAUUAUUUGGGAUGAAGCACCAAUGGUAAAUAGAUGGGCAUUUGAGGGAUUGGAUAGAACAUUGCGUGAUAUUAUGCUACAAAGUAAUCCGAAUAGUAGUGAUAAGCCUUUCGGUGGAAAAGUUGUUGUUCUUGGUGGUGAUUUUAGACAAACUUUACCUAUAAUUCCUAAAGCAAGUCGUGAAGAAAUUGUUAUGGCAACCAUUAAUUCUUCAAGAUUAUGGAAGUUUUGCAAAGUAUUGAAGUUAAUAGAGAACAUGCGAAUAAAUCAAGGGGGUUUGGAUAGUGAUGUAGAACAAAGAAAAAAUUUCAGCAAAUGGAUCCUUGAUGUUGGAGAUGGUAAAUUGGGUGAGUACAAUGAUGGUGAAUGUGAGAUGGAAAUUCCUCAUGAUUUGUUGGUGGAUUCCAAGGGGGAUGGUGUAUCAAGUAUUGUUGACUCAACAUAUCCUGAUCUUGAACGAAAAAUUUUUCAAGAAACAUAUUUUUGUGAUAAGGCAAUUCUUGCUCCAACUUUGGAAAUUGUUGAUACAAUUAAUCAAUAUGUAUUAAGUCGGGCACCUGGUAAAGAAAAGGUAUAUCUUAGUUCCGAUAGCAUUGUAAAAGUUGAUGAAGAUGUUGGUAUUGAAGCAAAUUGGAUUACUGUUGAAUUCUUAAAUAGUAUAAAGGGUUCUGGCUUACCGGACCACAAGUUAUGUUUGAAGGUUGGAGUUCCUAUUAUGUUAAUGAGGAACAUUGAUGUUGCGCGUGGAUUGUGCAAUGGGACUAGAUUGAUUGUUCAUAAACUACGUCCAAAUCUAAUUUAUGGAAGAGUUAUAAAUGGAAAUAAUGCUGGUUCAAUGGCUUAUAUUGCACGGAUGAGUAUUGUCCCUUCUGACAGUGGCUUACAUGUAAAGAUUCAACGUCGACAAUUUCCGGUUUGUGUUUGUUUUGCAAUGACGAUUAACAAAAGUCAAGGACAAACUUUGGGUAGAGUUGGUGUUUUUCUACCAAGACCUGUAUUCUCUCAUGGUCAAUUAUAUGUUGCUGUUUCGCGUGUGAAAAGUAGAGAAGGACUAAAGAUUUACAUCGAUCAGUCAAGUUCUACAUUGGUGAAUCAAACAAAGAAUGUUGUUUAUAAGGAAGUAUUUAAAAAUUUAGGAUAA